CGUCGUUGCCACAAAAAGCACUUCGUAAUCGGAGUCGUUUUCUUAUGUCAUUUUUGCAGGAGUUCCCGACAAAAUUGGGCAUUGCGUUAGCCACCUAUAUAAUCUGUGUAUUGGUCGCGAUCAUAAAUUAUGAAGAAAUUACAGCAGUUUUUGGAAUGAAAAUGAGUAAAUGAAGUGUGAACUCACGAUCGAGUCGGGACAUCAUGCAGCAAGUUGUGCGCGACAUAUGACAUGCAUGUAUGACGACAUUAUGCCUGGCUAAGAAGUGUUGGUGUCAUGUCAACGUGUUUGCGUGCUUUUCAUACGUGUUCAUAUUAAAGUAUUUAUUGUGUAACAAUAUCGGAACAGGUCAGCUGCGUCUAGUCAUCCAGCCAUGGAUAGUCCCGAAGUCUCAGUCUUUCGUAAAACCCUGUUGUUUAUCUCAAGAGAAUUAACAGAUGCUGAAGUUCGGCAAUUGGGGUAUGUUUGCAAGGAUCAGCUGACAGUGAAACAGAGAGAGGACAUCAAGGAUGCCUUGGGACUCUUUGAGAUUCUAGAGCAAAAGGGGAUCAUCUCAGAGGAUAAUUUUGCUUUCCUCGUCGAAAGGAUGGAGGACCUGCAGCGAAAUGACCUGAAAAAGAGGUUGCUGGAUAUAAUGCCAGAUGAACAUUCAGGGAGUUCAGCGGAUGGGUCAACCUCACCGCCUACAUCACACUCCGAAGCAGGCCCUUCUGCAGGCCAAGGCAGUGGCAGUGAUAGUUCCAAAGGAGGAGUGACGAUACAUGCCAUCAAUAGCCCUAUCACCUCCAGAGACAGUAAAGGAAACACAUACAACUAUGGAAGCUCAACCGAUGUAGACCCUUCUACAGGCCAAACCCAAAGUUCGAAAGGAGGAGUGACGAUCACAGCCACCAAUAGCCCUAUCGCCUUCGGAGACAGUAUAGGAAACACAUACAACUAUGGUUCUAAAAAAUCUUCAUCGGCUGCACCUGCACCUCAACCCCAGGGCAGAGUUCCAAAGGCUGAGUACCACUCAUCGUCGUCUGCUCAGCAGAGCUACCGUCAAUCUCCUCUGAAUCCUGCUACAUUGAGGACACCUGCUGACUUCUACCCUCACUCCCCGAAGGCAAGACCAGCGGUAGCAGGCCAACAAGGUUCUGGUGAUGCAGCUCCUAAAAGUCCCCAGUCAAAGGCAAGCGGUUUUGUAUCCAAAACGGAUAAGACAAAGAGAGCUCGGGUGAAUGAGACGUCGAUCCUCGACUUGCCAAAUGUCAUGACUCCCAGAUCAUCAGGGCCUCCCUCCGAUGAUAAGCGCUCCCCGGAAAAUACCCCAGAUGGCAGUUCACAUAUGGAAUCUUUCUCUGAAGGUGAUCUGCAAACUGAUGCACCUCAAGUUUCGAAGGUAAAAACUGAUGAUGCUUUGUUGAUUGAUAUUCAGAGUGAGAAUCCGGCACCUGUGCUUUCACGAGGAGGUGGUGGUGUCUGUCAGAUUGCAUCAGUAGAAGAUUUGAAAGAUGUCUUCAGCCAAGGAGUUCAGAAUCCAGGAGCACUUGUAGAUGAGAUCGCAAAGAGCCUUGACUUCAAUGAAAAUGGGAUGGAAGAAGAUGCUGAUGUGUCGGAGAUAGGUGGUCAAGUGGCUCUUCGAGCCUACCAACACGAACUUGCUCAUUACCCUUUGAAAACAGGAGGCAACUACAUCAUCUGCGCUCCAACAGGAAGCGGGAAGACCCUGACAGCAGCAAGUAUCUGUUACGAGAAAUACGUCAAGUAUCAGGACAGCCCUAUCCCGGGCAGGCACUUCAAGGCUCUGUUCAUCGUCAACAUCCGCCAUCUGAUGCAGCAGCAGAAGAAUGCCUUUCAGGAGUACUUCCCAGACAGCUUGGCCAUCAGGACCAUCGGAGAGCAGCAACCAUUUGAGCAUGCCCUGAUCAAAGACGAACCCCUACCGGUGGUGCUGACAUUGACGGCGCAAAUAUUUGUAAACGCUUUGAGACAGAAGGCGGUCAACCUCCAAGAUAUAGACAUGCUGAUCUUCGACGAGUGUCAUCACUCAGAUCUCUCGCAUCCCUACAACGUCAUUAUGCAGAUGUACCUGAAAGAGAAAACCGCCUUGUCUCAAGGAGUUGGGGAGCAUGUCGGCAGCCUGCCUCAGGUGAUCGGGCUAAGUGCCUCUCUUGGCGUGGGCCGUGGUAAGAUGCCUCUCAAUCAUCUCCUGAAGCUCUGUGCAAACAUGGAUGUGAGAGACAUCAAACGCGUCCGCAAGCACAAGAAGCAGCUUGACGAGUUUGUAAAGGCUCCUGAGCAGGAUGUCAUCAUACCCGUGGAUUCUAGAGUCACCACCAAAAGACACUUUGGCAGUUUGCUGCAUGAGAUCAUGGACCAGAUGGAAGACCAGCUAGGAGCAACGGAGAGAUCUGCCUUGCCCCAACAUGGUUGCCAGCCAUACGAAAACAGAGUCGUAGAAAGCCAGGAGACGGCUAAGCACGGAGACAUCAUAUUGUACAUGUACCUCAAUGCAUACAACAGAGCUCUGAUGCUGUACGAAGAUCUUCCAGUGCAAGAUUGUCUGCAGACGUUGGAAGAGUUCUACAACAGUCGAUCUGUUUGUGAGAAUGGCGAAAGUACCCAGCAAGAGAAGCUCUGUCAGGAUCUUUUUGACAGAAAUUUGGAGGAGAUGAAGAAGAUGGCACGAGAGGAAGGUGAUGACAGCAACCCAAAGCUGCAGGAGUUGGUCAAACUUCUCGCCGAUCAGUUCACCCAGAAUCCAAGUUCAAAAGGAAUCGUCCUUACCCGCAUGAAGGUGGCCACUGUGGCCCUCUGCGAGUUCAUCCGAUCGUCUAAAGUCAUAGAGGAACUACCUUACCCUGUCCAGCCGGAGCGCUUGGUGGGCCAGGGACCAUUUGAAGAUUUUUGCAUGACCGAGAGUGAGCAAAAGAUGACUUUGGAGAGCUUUAGGCAGGAGGAUGGAUGCAAUGUGCUUGUAGCGACAGACAUUGCCCAGGAAGGGCUGGACAUGCCAGCCUGUAACUUUGUCAUCCGCUACAACUUUGUCAGCAACGAGAUUGGCACGGUGCAGUCCAAGGGACGAGCCAGGGCGGAGGGCAGCAAGUGCUUCCUGAUUGUUGAGAGUCCCUCUUGCAAUGAGAAAAGAGAGUUAGAGAAUCGGGGCAAAGUCAAGAGCAUGGAGGAAGCCAUGAACGAGCUGGAGGCGAUGCCAGAAGAGGAAAGGGUGAAAUGCAUCAAGGAGAAACAGUCUGAGAUCAUCAAUGCAAUGGCGAAGGCGGAGCGUCGGCAACAGCAGCGAGUUGCGCAGAUGAAGGUGAAGCAGAUAAUCCUGAAAUGCGCAGAGUGCAAACAGCCAGUCUGUACAAGCUCCGACCUGAGACGCAAAGGUGCGGGUGGUUACGUGACCUGCGUCAACCCGGAGAUCGAGAAUCAGAUAACUGACGUGACUUUGGAAAGAACAGCAAAGCGAUACAGGGAUACGCAGAGUGUCUGUAAAGUCAAGUGCAACUGCACUCCCAAUUGCAAGAACAUACUUGGUACCAGGGAGACUUUCUUCCUAUCUGAUGAGUCGCCUGGCUUCAGUCUGAGAGCCAAGAGUUUUCUUGUCCAUAAUGAGCACGGCGAUGACAAGAAACUGAAGAAGUGGAAAGAACUGGCGAUCAUUGAAGAUGAAGACCUCUGAACAUCCAAGGAAUCAGUGGCUAUGAAAUUGGUUCCAGAUAUUUAAUGCGAUGAAGUCAUAUAAACUAAAACAUUGUAUGCCGUCAUAAAUUAUGGUCGAGGGAAUGUAUUGUCUGGCCGUUUCAAGCUGACUGAAUCUGUACUGUAUACCACCUGAGGUUUAAGUGUACUUAUUAUUGUAAUGAAAAAAAAGGCUCAACAUAUAUCGGUAACCUGAAAUCAUGUUUAAUUAAGUAAUUAUUGAAGAUGUACGAAGCCAUAUGAAAAUCAAUUUAUGAGACUUAUUAACAUAGUUUAUGAACAUAUUGAUAUGAAUUAUGAUGAAAUAUAUCUUUUAAUUAGGAACAGAUUAUAUAUUAUCAACAUAUAUAUGAAUAUGUGACAAUUGUGAGAAGGUUUACGGAGGAGGCGUGCAAACAUGAUUUGCUGGUGGGUGCGACUAGGAUAGGCUUGCUGAAAAUAAUGGCUUCCAGACACGUUUUCCUGUGACAGUACUUUUUAGCAUUUGAGAGAACUUUUGUUGUCCCCUUUCAAAUUAGGCCAUAUUUUUGUUGAACAAUUGUAUCAACUGCAGUGCAGUUAUACAUUGCAUACACUGCUUUGUUAAUGGUAUCCUAAUGUAAAAACUGACCAUUAAAUCCCACCCCUUACAAGAGUUCUGACCAAUCACAGUCGUAAUCGACUGACAUGCGUGAACGUAAGCAUGACGCGCGUGCAAGCACGUGUUAAUUGAACACGUGCGUUGUGGGCGGGCUUAUUGGAUUUGUAUAUUGAGCUUUGCCCGUUUCAGGUACCAGGCAGGAAGUAGAGGGAAAAAAUUAGUUUUAUGAUGUAGGUUAUUGGCUCAACCUGCGGUUCGUACGUGACUUCGUCAUACACGCACACGCACAACUGAUUACGAGCGCCCAUUGGCUAAACUCCCAACCUUGCACCACUUCAGGUUCCAAUCCGGUUCGUUAGUGUGACACGGUUCAGUUUAAACCACGCCCACUGGCCAUUAAGUAGCAUUGGAACCGGAAGCUAACGCAACUUGAGUGUUUAUAUCCAAUGGACGGUAGUAAUUAGUGGUGCGUGCGCGUAUGACGUUUUUACUGAUGAACCGGAUGGUUCCAAUGCUACUUAAUGUGCAGUGGGCGUGGUUUCAAAUGAAGUGAUGUCACACGAACGAAAGGACCUAUUGGUCUCCGACUACAAGUUUACAAUACGAGAUAAAUCCCGACCAAUGGUAAGGGGAGUUUUGGAAGUUCAUAACAUUUUUGCGGGAUUCAUGGCUUUACUCAUCUAGCUGUUCGUGAUAAAUUGUAUAUUUUGUUUUCAAUAAAACGAUAAGAAUAAAUGUCCAAGGAAAUAUGUAUACGGAAUUCUCUGCCACAAUAACUUCACAGAAUAUACAAAGUGAGUAAUUUGACUCAAUAUCGUAAUAAAUGAGUCAUUUUGUCCGUUUUUAGUUAGACACUUUAAGCCAAAGAGUGUCACUAUACGGACAAAAUAACUCAUUGUUACGAUAAUGAGUUUAAUUACUCACUUUGUGUUUUCUGUGUUGCUGCUUUCAUGUUUGAAUAAAUGUAAUCUAUAUUUGCCAAAUUUUAUUAAAAUUAAACAUAAGGGCCUAAUGCAAAUUUAAAUUUCUUCACAAGCUCUUUUCGUCUAUAUUUUAAGAGAAUUUAAACUUUUGCCAAACUCGUACAAAAGUACGACGUUAACUCCUUUACGGAGGUUCUGUAAAUCGAUAUGGCCCUUGAAUAAAAUGAAAUGAUGCGUUAAAAACUA